AUGGUAGACUUUCUGGCUGAGAAUAACCUGUGUGGCCAAGCAAUCCUAAGGAUUGUUUCCUGUGGCAAUGCCAUCAUUGCUGAACUUUUGAGGCUCUCUGAGUUUAUUCCUGCUGUAUUCAGGUUAAAAGACCGAGCUGAUCAACAGAAAUAUGGAGAUAUCAUAUUUGAUUUCAGCUAUUUUAAGGGUCCAGAAUUAUGUGAAAGCAAACUGGAAUCUAAGCCAGAGCUACAGGAUUUAGAUGAAGAAUUUCGGGAAAACAACAUAGAAAUUGUGACCAGAUUUUAUUUAGCAUUUCAAAGUGUGCAUAAAUAUAUUGUAGACUUAAACAGGUAUCUAGAUGAUCUCAAUGAAGGUGUUUAUAUUCAGCAAACCUUAGAAACAGUGCUUCUCAAUGAAGAUGGCAAACAACUUCUAUGUGAAGCGCUGUACUUGUACGGAGUUAUGCUUCUGGUCAUCGACCAAAAGAUUGAAGGAGAAACUAGAGAGAGAAUGCUGGUCUCUUACUAUCGAUACAGUGCUGCCCGAUCUUCUGCUGAUUCGAAUAUGGAUGAUAUUUGUAAGCUGCUUCGAAGUACAGGUUAUUCCAGCCAACCAGGGGCCAAAAGACCACCCAACUAUCCUGAGAGUUACUUCCAAAGGGUGCCUAUCAACGAGACCUUCAUCAGCAUGGUCAUUGGUCGGCUGAGAUCUGAUGAUAUUUACAACCAGGUCUCAGCAUACCCAUUGCCAGAACAUCGCAGCACAGCUCUGGCUAAUCAGGCUGCCAUGCUGUAUGUGAUUCUCUACUUUGAACCUUCCAUUCUUCAUACCCAUCAAGCAAAAAUGAGAGAGAUAGUGGACAAAUACUUUCCAGAUAAUUGGGUAAUUAGUAUUUACAUGGGGAUCACGGUUAAUCUAGCAGAUGCUUGGGAACCUUACAAAGCUGCAAAAACUGCUUUAAACAAUACCCUGGACCUUUCAAAUGUCAGAGAACAGGCAAGCAGAUACGCUACUGUCAGUGAAAGGGUGCACGCACAAGUGCAUCAAUUCCUGAAAGAAGGUUACUUGAGGGAGGAGCUGGUCCUGGACAACAUCCCGAGGCUUCUGAACUGCCUGAGAGAUGGCAAUGUCGCCAUCCGAUGGCUGAUGCUUCAUACGGCGGACUCAGCCUGUGACCCAAACAACAAACGCCUUCGUCAAAUCAAGGACCAGAUUCUAACAGACUCUAGGUACAAUCCCAAGAUCCUCUUUCAACUGCUGUUGGAUACCGCACAAUUUGAGUUUAUACUCAAAGAGAUGUUCAAGCAAAUGCUUUCAGAAAAGCAGGCCAAAUGGGAGCAUUACAAGAAGGAGGGCUCAGAGCGGAUGACGGAGCUUGCUGAUGUCUUUUCAGGAGUCAAACCCUUAACCAGAGUGGAGAAAAAUGAAAAUCUUCAAGCUUGGUUCAGAGAGAUUUCAAAACAAAUAUUAUCACUAAAUUAUGAUGAUUCUACCGCCGCGGGCAGAAAAACUGUGCAGCUAAUACAGGCUUUGGAAGAGGUUCAAGAAUUUCACCAGCUGGAAUCAAAUCUGCAGGUGUGUCAGUUUCUUGCUGAUACUCGAAAGUUUCUCCACCAAAUGAUCCGAACCAUUAACAUCAAAGAGGAAGUCCUGAUCACAAUGCAGAUCAUUGGGGACCUUUCUUUUGCUUGGCAGUUAAUUGACAGUUUCACAUCUAUCAUGCAGGAGAGCAUAAGGGUGAACCCAUCCAUGGUCACUAAACUCAGAGCUACAUUCCUCAAGCUUGCCUCUGCCCUUGACCUGCCCCUUCUCCGUAUUAAUCAAGCAAAUAGCCCUGACCUUCUCAGCGUGUCUCAAUAUUAUUCUGGUGAAUUGGUGUCCUAUGUGAGAAAGGUGUUGCAGAUUAUUCCAGAAAGCAUGUUUACUUCCCUUCUAAAGAUCAUAAAGCUUCAGACCCACGAUAUCAUCGAAGUGCCCACCCGGCUGGACAAAGACAAGCUGAGGGACUUUGCUCAGCUCGGCCCACGAUACGAGGUUGCCAAGCUUACUCAUGCUAUUUCCAUUUUUACUGAAGGCAUCUUAAUGAUGAAGACAACUUUGGUUGGCAUCAUCAAGGUGGAUCCAAAACAACUGCUGGAGGAUGGAAUCAGGAAGGAGCUUGUUAAGCGUGUUGCUUUUGCCCUUCAUAGGGGUUUGAUCUUCAACCCCCGAGCCAAGCCGAGUGAACUGAUGCCCAAGCUGAAAGAGCUGGGAGCCACCAUGGAUGGAUUCCAUCGUUCUUUUGAAUAUAUUCAGGACUAUGUCAACAUUUAUGGCCUGAAGAUUUGGCAGGAAGAAGUAUCUCGUAUUAUAAAUUACAAUGUGGAACAAGAAUGUAAUAAUUUCUUAAGAACAAAGAUUCAAGAUUGGCAAAGUAUGUACCAGUCCACUCAUAUUCCAAUACCAAAGUUUACCCCUGUGGACGAGUCUGUAACAUUUAUUGGUCGACUCUGCAGAGAAAUCUUGCGAAUCACAGACCCAAAAAUGACAUGUCACAUUGACCAGCUGAACACUUGGUAUGAUAUGAAAACCCAUCAAGAAGUGACCAGCAGCCGCCUUUUCUCAGAAAUCCAAAACACCUUGGGGACUUUCGGUCUGAACGGGUUAGACAGGCUUCUGUGCUUUAUGAUUGUCAAAGAGUUACAGAAUUUCCUCAGCAUGUUUCAGAAAAUUAUCUUGCGAGACAGAACUGUGCAGGAGACUUUAAAAACCCUAAUGAAUGCCGUCAGCCCCCUAAAAAGUAUUGUAGCAAAUUCGAAUAAAAUUUAUUUUUCCGCCAUUGCCAAAACCCAGAAGAUUUGGACUGCUUAUCUCGAGGCUAUCAUGAAGGUUGGGCAGAUGCAGAUUCUGAGGCAACAGAUCGCCAAUGAAUUAAAUUAUUCUUGUCGGUUUGACUCCAAACACCUGGCAGCUGCUCUGGAGAAUCUCAAUAAGGCUCUCCUAGCAGAUAUCGAAGCCCACUAUCAGGACCCUUCACUUCCUUACCCCAAAGAAGAUAACACACUCUUAUAUGAAAUCACUGCCUACCUGGAGGCAGCUGGCAUCCAUAACCCACUGAACAAGAUUUACAUAACGACAAAGCGCUUACCCUACUUCCCAGUGGUCAACUUUCUGUUUUUGAUCGCCCAGCUGCCAAAACUACAGUACAACAAAAAUCUAGGAAUGGUCUGCCGAAAGCCCGCCGACCCCGUGGACUGGCCGCCCCUGGUGCUGGGGCUGCUCACCCUGCUGAAGCAGUUUCACUCCCGGUACACGGAGCAGUUCCUGGCGCUGAUCGGCCAGUUCAUCCGCUCCACAGUGGAGCAGUGCACAAGCCAGAAGAUACCAGAAAUGCCUGCCGACGUUGUGGGCGCCCUUCUGUUUCUGGAGGAUUAUGUUCGGUACACAAAGCUACCCCGGAGGGUUGCUGAAGCACACGUGCCUAAUUUCAUUUUUGAUGAGUUCAGAACAGUCCUGUAA